CGUUACAAACCACUGCACCGCGCUGUAACCGCUAAACCAGCAGCAGGGCUAGUCUGGAAUUUUGACAGGAGGCGUUACGUAGGCUACGUCGGAAACCUAGGCAAAAAGACAUUACAGAAUGGCGGUGAAUGUAUACUCAACGUCUGUAACCAACGAGAACCUGAGCCGACAUGACAUGCUGGCAUGGGUGAAUGACUCUCUCCAGCUCAGCUACACCAAAAUAGAGCAGUUAUGUUCAGGUGCAGCAUAUUGUCAGUUUAUGGACAUGUUAUUCCCAGGGUGUAUUUUUCUCAAGAAGGUGAAAUUUCAAGCAAAACUGGAACACGAGUAUAUACACAAUUUUAAAGUUCUCCAGGCAGCUUUCAAGAGGAUGGGUGUGGACAAAAUAAUCCCAGUGGAAAAGCUGGUAAAGGGGAAGUUCCAAGACAACUUUGAAUUUGUCCAAUGGUUCAAGAAAUUCUUUGAUGCCAACUAUGAUGGAAAAGAGUAUGAUCCUAUUCAAGCUAGACAGGGCCAAGACAUCGCUCCUCCCCUGAAUCCAGGUGAACACUUUACCCACAAACCCAAGAGAACUGGUCCAGGGCCACAGAGAACAUCACCAACAGUACCGAAAAACAUGCCCACACCACAGAGGGUGAUGAACCCACCUGUCAGGAAGAACCCUAGUCUCGCUCGGAAUGGAGGUGGCGAUGCUGAGAUCAUGGAGCUUAAUCAACAGUUAAUGGAACUGAAAUUAACUGUAGACGGUCUGGAGAAGGAAAGAGAUUUCUACUUCAGCAAACUGCGAGACAUUGAACUGAUUUGCCAGGAACACGAGAGCGAAAACAACCCAGUCCUCUCUAAGAUAAUUGACAUCCUUUAUGCCACAGAGGAAGGAUUCGCAGCACCAGAAGAUGAGGAAAUAGAUGAGCAGGCCCACCUGGACCAGGAUGAAUACUAAGUGAUCCUUUCCAUUUCCAUCUCUCCCUCCUUUCCUCCCUUUUCAUGUCCUAAUUCUCUUGCCAACUAACCUCUCCUCCCUCCCCUGCCUUCACUUUGGAAUUACUCCCCCAUUGCACGCUGUUGAUAUCUCCUCCAUUACCUUUGUAUCUAUGGAUGCCCCGUAUGUACUAAGUAUCUGUUUGUCUACUCCUACUACAGUUCAUGCACUACACCUCAAAGGCCCAGUACUACCCGGCUUACCCCCAGACAACAGCAUCAGCAGUGAUGUAUCCUAGUCAUCUCAGCAUGUUUUACAUUACGACAUGGAGAAUGAACAUGACAUCAGACACUGAGGGUAGCACAAUGGACUUAACACAGUACUGUACAUGGUACGAUGAGAAAGUAUUUUUGAAGAAAAAGGGAAAAAAGGGGGAUACUGCCUGGAAUGCAGUUAUUUGCCUUAGAUCUCCUGCAUAUUUUGUCAUUGCUCUGCACUUGCUCUGUUUAUUACAGUCAUUCUACAGAACAUUUAUUUUACUGACAAGCUCGCACAAUAACAAAUAAGAAUACUGUGAAUUCUAUCAGUCUGCCACAUUUGGAUCUGCUAUUUUGGGUGUUUUUGGAUUAUGCAGUUACAGAGAUUUAAUAAUGGAAGUGUGGAAAGACAAAAGAAAAAAAAAAGAAAUAGUUAAGAAACCAAACACAAAGAAUGUAACACAUUGCCCUUUUACCAUUUAGUAAGUUUUACUGCAUAUCUAAUGGGAGCAUGUGAAUGUUAUACAAGUAUAAUGAAUGAUUGAUAUAUUUGUAUUAUUAUUUUUUUUAAUGGAGAUUAGGGUAAGUUUGUUUGAUUCAAUACUGCUUGCACUGUUAGAUAAUGAAACAACUGUUGGAAAGAAAAGUGGUAUUUUAUACUGAUUAAUCCAAACAGUGACACUACUGAUCAAAUGGCAUUUAAUUAAGGCUUCGCUGCUAAUUUUACUGCAUCUGUGUAUAUUGUUUUUAUUAUUUAUUUUAUUCUGCUAUUGAAUAGCAUGAGCUGUGUUUUUGUGACUAUAUUUUAUGUUAGGAGUUAAGGCCCAGAUGUGAAGGAACUGAAUGCUGUUUGCCUAAAGCAUUGUGCUGCCUUUACAGUCUGAAUCCUCACCCAUUGGCAUUGGGACUGUCUCACUCAUACUUGUUUUGUCUACAAAAAAAAUGGACAUAAUAGUGUAGUUUGCAUAAAUUGUUUUGCGUUUUAUUGAGUAAAUAAACAGUUGUAAAAAU